AUGGACAAAAAGGAGGCUCCUUUGAAGUGGGAGCAAAAGCUGGAAGCUACUGCUAAGGCCAAAGCUGAUGCUAAAGCCAAAGAGAGGAUUGACAAUGAGUAUAAGAAGUCCAGUAGAAGAGCUCACAGGAAGCAUAGGAAGCAUUCUCACUCUGACUUGGGUGACCAUGAUAGAAGGAAAGAGAAGAAAUCCAAGAAAAAGGCAAAGAAAUGGUCCUCAGAAUCUAGUGAUGCUAGCAGUGAUGAAUAUGAUAGUAUCUCUGAGGAAGAGAGGAGAAGGAAGAAGAAUGCAUAUCUGAAAUCACUGGCUACUUAG